AUGGUGCUUGUAACGUCGUCGACGGUCUCCGCCGUCGUAUCGGUGGGAGUGAUCUGCAUUUUUACCCUGCUCCUCUUUCUAUCUGGAUAUGUCCUGCAGCAGCAGUCGGUGAAAAAUAUCCAGUAUGCCCUGCGGCCACCCGAUCAACGGCCGGGCGCAGGCGGCGGAUCGACAUUCCAGAGGCCCGGCCGCAAACGAGGGCCAUCAGAUUCAGAUCUCGGCCUAGCGGCUGAUCCAGGGAUCGCUCAAGAGGAUGAAGAUCGUCACUCAGGUCACGAAGGAAACUAUGCAUACCUCCAGCUCCUGUCAGAUCCGGACCCGUCCAACAUCUGCUCGGCAAUCCUCUUCUUCAAGCAGCUCGCCGCCAGCGAGACGGUGGUCCAGGACCGGCUGUUCAUGUACCCAGAGGAGUGGGACCGUAUGCCGUCCAGCAAGCUGGGCAAAACUACCUCUACCGCAUUGUCGAUUCUGCGCACCGCGAGUAUCAAGUACGGGAUAUGGCUGCUUCCCAUUGACAUGAGCGGCACCGGCCGCACCCCGACCGACUCUAGACUACUGCGCCAGGGCCAGGUCCAGUUCAUGCAAUAUGACAGCGUGCUCUACGUCCAGACUCCGGGGCUACUGUUGGAUCCAACAAAGCUCGACGACGUACUCUUAUCACGGCCUCUGCCGCUACGACAUAACAAAGACCGGGUCGAAUCAUAUAACAACGAAGCGUGGAUCCCCAUGCCACUGCGUUCCGAGCGCGAUCCCGAUCUGCCACCUGUCUAUUUGAUCACGGUCAACAGCCUCGAAAACAGGCGCGUCGAAGCGCGCACACACAUCCCUAACGUUGCUCUCCCGGGAUUCGGAAGAAUAGUGACGGGCCCAUCUGGGGUGAAGAAGCUGAAGAAAGAGCAUGGGCCAAAACCGGCCUAUGUCUACUUUGAACAUGACCGCGAUGGCCGGGUGAAGUGGGCUGAAAAUUCACUGUUUGGGACCUGGCGCUCACAACAAUCUGAGGUUUGUGAAGGCUUGGAUUUUGACGAUGAUACUUCAUGA